GUAGUUGCUUGGUUGUUUUUUCUGUGAUGCUAACAGUUGGUUAGCUGCAGGCGGCGUUAACGAGUAUUCCUCAAGAUGUCUGCGAAACUAAACGCUUUAACCAGCGAUUCUUACAUCGAUGUUAGUCAGUACAGGGACCAGCAUUUUAAGGUAAGUGACGAGGUUAAAAACGAGUUUGAAGAAAGAGGAGAUAAUGUAGAAAACUGCUGUUGUGCAUAUCGAUGCGGCGGUUAUUGUUAGCAGUUAGCAGCAGCAAUGUGCAGUUAUCUGUUUCUUUUUCACUCUAACUUUAAAACUCUCAAUAAUAAGGAUCUUUAGAGACUAUCCAUCAACAGUACAUACAGGGUCCCAGCCACAGUACUAGCCACCGAACAUCUUAUUAACUUUACCUAAUUUCUUUAGCAAUAGAGACUAAACACAACUCACCUACUCUCUCCUAGCAGUAUGGAAGUAAAUCUGUGCCAUCUGGUUUUGAAUUAGAAUUUCUAAAGCUAAUUUUUUUCCCAUCAAAAUCAGACUUGGAAUUUCAAAACUAUCGAAUUUCAAGCACGCAUCUUUAUUUAUUACACCAACUUUUUUCGCAAUGAUGAAAUAAAUUCAGUGUAAAAACAAUCGAUCGCUCAAAAGAUUUGUUUAGUAAAAAUUCAACUGAAAAAAAACCCCAAAAAUAGACGGCUUCAAUAUCCGGGUAUCAUCCAUCGUCCAGCCAAUCAAAUAAUGCUAAAUUGGUCGUGUGGCACCGACCCCAGUGGAAGAUUGAGGAAUCGAUUUGUUCUCCCUGAUUACCCAGAUGCUGAGUCCGUCUGUUUCACACAAAAUUUUUUGACACUGAAUUUUUUUUAUGUUGAACUAUUUUUUACACAGUUUAUCUUUAAGUCGAAUUUUUACUGCACAAAUAUUUCAAAAAACUUUUUUUCUACAAUGAAUUUAUUUCAUCAUUGUGGAAAAAAAAUUAAAGUGUAAGAAAUAAAAAUGAGUGCUUGAAAUUCGCUAGUUUUGAAAUUUAAAGUCUGAUUUUGAUGCAAAAGAAAUUGAGCUUUCGAAAUUCAAAAUCAGAUGGCACAGAUGUACUUCCAUACAGCAGCUGCUUGUUUGUAGCGAGACCAAGUAAUGAUCAUAAAUGUUCUUCCUUGAGCUGCGUCACCCCACUGUAGUCCAUAAUGAACUGGCCUGAGGUCUCGCUACAAACAAGCAGCUGCUGGAAGAGAGUAAGUGAGUUUCUAAAGAAAUCAGGCAAAGCUAAAAAGAUGUUUGAUGGCUAGUGCUAUGGCUGUGACCCUGUAUGUACUGUUGAUGAAGUUAGGUGCUGUUCUGAGCAUUAUUUGUGUCUAUAGAGCGGCAAUUUGGUUGAGGUUUGUUUAUUGCUUUUCAGACCGCUGUGUAUUGCUAUCCUGCGGUUGUUACUAAAGUCGGUAUAACUAGAGAAGCAAGCGGUCGGCAACAUUCAUGUCUCGAGGGGGGUGUCUAACUUUGUGUUUGACCCUAAAUUAAUUCUACGUCGGAAUAUCCCUUUUAAAUGCUCCACGUGUGUCUACUUCUGUCUCUGUUUCCAGGGUAACCGCUAUGACCAGGAGAAGCUGCUGAAGCAGAGCAACACUUUGUAUGUUGGGAAUCUCUCUUUCUACACAACCGAGGAGCAGGUACACUUCCUUUACAACACCUGACAUUACUGGAUAACAUUAAUCCUCUCAGGCCUGCAGCUUACUGUAAUUCUCCUGCUGUCAGUGUUUUCAUGUACAUCUGAUGGUGUUAAAUGUCUGUAUAUUUACAAAGGAGUAAGUGUUUCUGGUGUACUAUGAUGACUUACCACAUAUCUCUUUUAAUAAUUCCCACUUUUUUCUGCUUUCUUGUUUCUGUUGAACAGGUACAUGAACUUUUUUCUAAAAGUGGAGAUGUCAAACGCAUCAUCAUAGGUCUGGAUAAAAUCAAGAAGACGGCCUGUGGAUUCUGCUUUGUAGAGUAUCCUUUAUCGUGAAAAAACUCACAUUGAAAUACUAAUUUUUCUACUUUUACUUGUCUACAAUAUAGAGAUGUAUUGUGUAGGGUUUAGCAGAAAAGAUUUGGUAGAAGUUGAGUAUAAUAUUUGGAAGUAUGUUUACUUUGGUUCAGAAUAUAUUGACUGUUUUUGUUUUUGUCAUAUGAGACUGAGCCUUUUAUAUCUACAGUACAGGCCAAAAGUUUGGACACACCUUCUCAUUCAAUGUAUUUUCUUUGUUUUCAUUACUAUUUAAAUUGUAGAUUCUCAAAACUAUGAAUGAACACAUGUGGAAUCAUGUGCUUAAGAAAAAAGUGUGAAAUAACUGAAAACAUGUUUUAUAUUUUAGAUUUCUCAAAGUAGCCACCCUUUGCUUUUUUGAUAGCGCUGCAAACUUUAGCUGUUCUCUCAAUGAGCUUCAUGAGGUAGUCACCUGAAAUGGUUUUUACUUCACAGGAGUGCCUGAAGUAACCCUGACAAGGUACUUCUGUCAUCAAGAGCAAAGGGUGGCUAUUUUAAAGAAACUAGAAUAUAAAACAUGUUUUUGGUUAUUUCACACUUUUUUUAUAAGUACAAAAUUCUACAUGUGUUCAUUCAUAGUUUUAAUGCCUUCAGUAAUAAUCUACAAUGUAAAUAGUCAUAUAAAAAAAUAAAGAAAAGACAAGGAUGAGAAGGUGUGUCCAAACUUUUGGCCUGUACUGUACAUGUACAGCAUGUCCUCUUCCACAGAGGCCACCAUCUUGCGCCACAUUUUUUCAAAUAAUGGACAAACUAGAAAUAUAUGUGAGAUAUGAAAUGCACCACUUUGAAGACAACAAAGAAGAGAGGAAGUAUUUGUAUUAAAAGAUAUUUGUGAGGGCAAAAACUGGACAAAUCCAGGAUCACACUUAUCUACAUCACAAGUUCUUCUUGUCUUCUAAAACCAUUGUUGCUUGACCGGCUGUUGGGGUGAGCAAAGGGAGCAUUUCAGUCUAGAGUCUGAGUCUGACCACUAGAUGUCCUAAAUAUCCCUGUUACCAUUUACUGUAUCUGUUAGAAAACACAGAUUGAUACCAUGUCAAGAUCUUUCAAUCAUGCUUUUGUAGUACACACUCGAGUCUGCUGCAGACCUUAACCGUAGCUGUACCAGAUACUACACACGUGCGGGAGCAGAACACGCCAUGCGCUUCAUCAACGGCACACGGCUGGAUGACCGUAUCAUCAGGACGGACUGGGACGCCGGCUUCAAGGAGGGACGGCAGUAUGGCCGCGGCAAAUCUGGAGGACAGGUGAUGACGCCGAGAUUUAUUUGUCUGCUGUGUUUCAGUUUAUAAUUAUUGCGCAGAUUCCUGAGAGGUGUCUCUUGUGAAAUGGUCAGGCUUUCCUCAGGGGUGUUUGUUGCAAAAACUAUUGUCACAAACUAAUAAAAAACCAACACAUUUUAAAAAAGCUCCCUGGAAAAAGUACAGAGAUCAUCCUAAAUUUCCCCUAACAUCAGGAUCUCUGCCUGCACUGAAGUCAUCUAAUUAACCGUCAGAUAAAGUUCACCACAUGCACACUUCUGUCUUCUUGAUGAGGAGUUGGUUUGAUAAUAACAGAAUAAUUUCUGCCUUUCAGAUUGAAAUAAAAGUGUUAACUUUUAUAAAAACAAACCUUUAAAUAAUCAAAGAGCACAGCAUACUUGCAGGUGUUUCUCAAGUUUUUCUGGAGCUCUGAACUUUAAAAUCCAUAAACUGACUCGACAUAAACCCUUUCCCCAACCCUUCAAAAUCUGCAGCUUUAGGCGGCAGAGAAAUGCAGCGACUGAGAUUUGUAGGCUGAAGUGGAGGAAGUUUUUUCACCUCUGUGAGGGGAAAUGACCACAUUUGUUUGCAUGAGCAUAAAAAAGAUCUGUCCAGUCCUGAAAAGACAGCAGUGUGCAAACCAAGCUGAUUUAUUCUGUUUACUGUUUACCUCCCAUGUGGACUUGGUUAUCCUUCUCUAUAAGAACAAGAAAAGCAGAAAUCUUCAAUGCUGAGCAGGAAAUCUGUUUCUCUUCACGUCUCUUGUUUAAGCAAUUCAGUGUUUAUUUGUUUGAGCCUCGCACUGAACGACUAUGUCUGUAGAGUUUAUAUUUGUGAGCACGUCCAUAUUGAUGCUCGUGUUAAACAACUCAUGUCUCUACGAGCUGUGUAGCUUUGCGACAGUGUCAGUUAUUGAAUUAUAAUAUGAAAAACUGUGAUUUAGGGUAAAUACGCAUCUGGUAAAUCAAAGUUUCCUUUUACCAAAUAAUCUAUAAUUGAUUGUUUGCAGAAAAUACUCUAAAUUUGCAGUCCUCGUACAAUCAAAUUUUCUAAAAACGCACAAAAUCAUGCAGGAGUCGGCUUCCAGCCAUCUGCACAGUUCUGCUCCUAGAAAACUGUAAGUGGAUUUGACGGUCCUUGUUGUUGUGUAUCUCUGUUAUAAAGGCUGGAGCCAGCUAUCAUGUCAUCAGGGCAGUAUAGCUGAUACUUUCAUUUAGGGCUGGGCGAUACACCGAAAAUUUACAGAUACCGAAAAUUUACAACAGCAACCAACGUCAAUUUGCCCAUGUCAGUAUAUUCGGUGUCAAAACAAAUGAAUAAAUAGAAAAGUAGACGAAGUUAAUGUGGGAGGGGGUGUGCAACUUGUCGAGUAGUUAUUGUCCAUUUAUCGUUAUUGAGGUGAACUACUCAAUGUAGCGUGAUAUUGAUUUGAGGCCAUAUCGCCCAGCCCUACUAUCAUUUAGACAGGUGUGAGUGAGUCACCUUGGUCACCCUGAAACUUCACCGCCAUCCCUCUGUGUAUGAUUGAACGGUUUUGUUUAUAAUUUUGCUAAAAGUCAUUAGCUGCUGAAAUUAUUCAUCUGCCAAAUGUGUUUCCCUCCCAGUGGGGAGCAAACAUGCUAAUUAAGACAGAGAAAUCUUGUUAAAUCCCAACAGCAGAUCAGAAGCUUCAGUCUAAAACUGCACCAGACCAGAAUCCAUGUCUGUCAAAGCGACCCAGACGAGCUGAAGUGUAAAAGAAAAAUAAAUAAACAUUGGCAGUUUGGAAAUGUUCCUGUAGUAGAGGCAGGAUCCUGUGGAGAUCAUGUUGGGUAUGAUUCUGAUGUCCUCUCUAACACCUGUUACCCAGGUCUCAGUUUGAGGUCAAACACGUUGAGAGUAACAUCGUCCUCCUUUCUGCUCGUCUGUUUUUAACUCUGACAAGUGUUGGAUUUUCUGCAACACAGCAUUUUGGGAAAACAAUAAGAAACCAAACAAACAAUGGCAUUUGAAAAAUGACAUAAACAGCAACGGCACUAAAAAUAUCAAUACUUUAUAUCAUGACAUUUUAAUACACCAGUAUGAUAUUUAAAAAGUGAUAUAACUUCAGGAAUAAAUUAUGCAUGAUUAACCAUGACCUUUGAAGAGACAGCAUUACUACAGCAUGGCAUUUUGAAAAAUGAAAGCGUAUAUUGUGCUGUUAGCAAACACAACAUGCAUAAUAAUGUGGGAUUUUGUUGUAGCGGUACACAAGGAGUCUUCAGGGAGAAUGUAAAUAGGAAAGCAUAAAUAUUUGAACAAGAUUUGUUAUUGUGAAGGAGAAUACAGACAAGUUGUGUUUUCAGGAAAUGCCCUCCGGUCUGCAGCUUCAGAGUCAGGAUCCUCAACUGCAAUAAUGAAACGCGUGUAUUUACCUGUGCCCUCUGGCUGUGUUCUUAUAUCCCCUGUAGGUGCGAGAUGAGUACAGGCAGGACUACGACCCAGCCAGGGGCGGCUACGGGAAGCUGGCUCAGCAGCAUCGACCCCAAGAGGCGCGCAACACUUUCUAGAUUGAACCCUCCGCAGAAGUCUGCCUGGACCUCACAGAGCCCAGAGUCCUGGAUUAGGUACACUCCUCAACAAUACCACAGACUACUUCUCUAAUAGACUUUGCAACAGCCCGAGAUUAAAGCGGUUCUUGAUGUCAUGGUCUUUGACUCAUGCUUGCGGUCAGUCUGCAUCUCAGCACAUGCCAAACCUCGAAGUAAGUGUGUGAAAUGAAAUGAUGGUUUGAUCAUCUUGUAUGUAGACAUGCCAUAAACUCUCCUCCAGAUUGAACACUGACAGCCUGCAGCGAUCAGGUCUAUUAUCCAUCAAGUAUCAAGACAAAAUGAACUCCACGUGUCUCUGGAUUAAGAUUAAAAUUAAGAAUUAUGACCCCAUCCUACUGAUUCCUUCGGAUGAAAGCUGGUGUCCCGAAUUGUGUUUACUUUUUUUUAAAUAAAUUUUUUUUUAAUCUUUCAGAAAUGUCA